CUCUUCUAAGGACUUUGAUCUGACAAUGAUGAUUUGUCUGCUGCGUAAUAUAGGAGGUUUAUCAACACCAUCGAAUGGAUGGGACCAACUUCCGCAUCCAAAUGAUACGUUACCAGGAGCAGACUUAGCUACACUGAAGUGGUACAGAAAUCAAUUGGCCCAUACGACAGUUACUUCUAUGGAUAACAAUGAGUUCAAUGACAAAUGGACUCUUGUUGAAAAGGCAUUGACAUCUUUAAAUAAAGGUCAAAUUCUACACGAAGUCACUGAAAUCUUGAAUUACGAUCUUGAUGGAGAACAAACAAAGACAUUAGCAAACGCAGAACUAAAGCAACUGAAAAAAGAAUACCUGGUUUGGGAAAAGGAAAAAGACCAGAUAGAAAGUGAUUUCACUUAUUACAGAAAAGGAUAUCUGCCAAAAAACAUUGCAGAAGCGAAUGCAACUUUGGUUGAAACAUGGCUUAAUGAUGACAAAACUUUUUACGAAACAGAGGGAUCGGAACUUGUUUAUGAUAAACUACAUGAUUGUAAUUGUAUUUUGGUGACAUCAAAUUCAGGAUUAGGAAAGACGGCUACCAUCCGACAUAUCGCAUUAAAAUUUAAAAUGGAAGGUUUUGAAAUUGUUAACGUUCCCGUAGAGUCCCCAGAGUAUAUAAUUAAGUACAAAACAAAUAAAAAACAAAUAUUUCUCAUUGAUGAUGUCCUUGGUAAAUACAAUUUAAGUCCAACACUUUUGGAAAAAUGGGAAAGAAUAAACGAAAAACUUAUCAGCUGCUUGGAAACAGAAUUAAAUUCAAAUAAAAUAUUGUGUACACUAAGAUUACAAAUAGCACGCAAUAAAAGAUUUGAAAAUGCAUCGACAAUUCUAAACAAAGAAGUCAUUGAUUUAGAACACGAGUCUUAUGCACCUUCAAAAGAGGAAAAACAGGAAAUAUUGAUGAAUCAUCUUAAGGCAAAUGACUUAGAAAAGGAAAUUAAAACACAGGAGGUUGAGAUAAUGUGUGACACGACUUAUGCAUUUCCUCUUCUUUGCAAAUUAGUUUCAAAUGACGAGGAAAUAUUUAAAAAAAGAAUCUCAUUCUUUAAGCAACCAUUAUCACUGUUUAGGGAGGAACUUGAGAAAAUAGGGAAUGAAAAUAAGAAGCUAUAUUGCAUUUUGGUGAUAUGUAUGUUGUAUAAUGGUUCAUUUAGUAAAAAUAUAUUUGAUAUUGACUCAGAUGAAUGUGAUGAGAAAAUAUACAGAAUAAUGAAAACUUGCAAACUUCAAGAAAACAUGUCUAAGAAAGAACUCGAGGAUAUCGUGUUUUCUGCUAUAGGAUCGCAUUUCACAAAGGAUGGCUACAAUUUCCAGUUUAUUCACGAUUCGUUUAAAGAAACUGUCGGUUGUCAUUUCUAUACAUUUGAUCCCCAAGUAAUGUUUUCAGACUGUGAUAUCCUGUUUAUUAGAGAUCGGGUCAGAGUUCAUUCCAUUGAAAACAUGAAUGAAAAUGUUGAUGAAAAUUUUGUGAUCAUUCAGGAAGAUGAAUUGAAUGAGAAUCAUUUUAAUUCGUUAUUUGAUAGAUUGUCGAAUGAAUUAAAUAGUGGGAGGUUUUCCAGUUUGUUGAUGAGCCACCUUUUUAAGAAUAGAGAUUUUGUCUAUACAUUUGGGACCCGUUAUGAAAAUAAUCAGGGCAUGCUGGGAUCAACAAAUUUGUUUUUGAAGAAGGUUAGUUCUGAGCGGAUUUGGAGCCAUUUGUUUAGACAUGUUAAUAAUCCCUUUGAAACAGACCAGUCAGUUAGUGUAGCGAAAAGAAUAAAAGAUAUAUUUCUAUCGAAUGAAGAAUUCAUAGAUAAGCAGGAUGCCAUUAGUCGAGUUAUAGAGGCCAUAGCUGCCAGAAGUACAUUUAUACACUGGAUUGUGGCGUUUGGCUGCAAUACAUCUUUUCAAUAUGCUUGGAGCAAGAUGACAUCUUUGGAGCAUAAAUGGAUUUUGGGAAGAGAUUAUACAUACAACCCCUUAGUAAAGUCCUUCUUUCCUCUAGCUGUUCUUGGUGGUAGCUUAGAUAUUGUAACAAAGUUAAUUUCUACUGGUGCAGAUGUAAACUGCAUUUCCGAAUUUUGGGAAACACCUUUAUAUAUAGCAGUAAAAUCAGAUCGCUAUGAUAUGGUACGCUUACUGGUGAGAAAUGGAGCAAAGGUAAACCUACGAGGAUGGUUUGCAAUGAAGAUUCCAAUAGCUGUUACUUCAAACAAACAGGAAUUUACUAGUUUGAUUCUUGAAUACGAUUCAAACCAGACUGAGCUUCAUAAAGCAGUCCGACAUAACGAAUUAGAAAAUUUGAGAUCAAAUAUUCGGUCAGAUAAUAUUGAUUCUAAAACAAAGAGCGGAUGGACAAUUCUACAUUACGCUGUAAUAUUGAAUAAUUUAGAAGCUGUAAAGGUUUUAUUUCAUAAGGACUUGCCGCAAAACGAUGAUUCUUAUUUUGACUUUACACAAGAUGACCAAGAGAGCGAAUUAUUGUGCAGAGAACCGACACCAAAAAUAAACAUUACUGACAAUAACGGACUUACUGCUAUGCAUCUAGCAGUAAUAAAUGAUAAUAUCGAGAUGAUAUCUGCUCUGCUGGGUUAUAAAGCUGAGGUGAAGGUUCGUGAUGUUUUUAAUAGAACCCCGUUACAUUACGUAAACAGUGAAAGAGCAAUAAAAUUACUGCUCACUCAUACCUCUCAGAAUCUGUGUUCGGAAGAUUAUCAAAGCGUAGAAGAGGGGGGAGUGCACGGAAAGAUACCAAUUUCAGUUUUCAGGACCAUAUGUUUUAAUAUUACUGUACACAAUUCUUUCAGAAAUAUUGGUCGUGACUUUAUAAACAUGCCAGACAAGGAGGGUAAUACACCCUUGCAUUCUGUUAUAAACAAGUGCCUUUUAAAAAAGGAAAUCACUGGUUGUAUAGAAACAUUGCUAGAGAAUGGGGCCAAUCCUUAUUUAUUUAAUGAUAGUGGCACUUCAUCAUUAGAGUUAAUUAAAAGCAGUUUUGAUACAGUCAAAAACAUAAACAAUAGUGAAAACUAUAAACAAUCACAUACGAAAACUUAUAACGUAUUUGCUUUAGGCAUGUUCAUCUUAACUUGAGUGACUUUGGGCCUAGCGAUAUAUCUGUCCUCUGUUAUUAGAAAGGAAAGUCAAACUGAACUUUUCUGCGUUGGACAAGGUGCAGAAUCUACUCAUAUUUCCUUGGUGCAGGUGACGAGAAGCAUAAACGUUAUAAUAUUUUCUUUUGUACUUCUUUGGUUAUUAUCAAUUACGUUUUACAUGAGGUGUUCAGAUCUCCUUCGGCGAUGUUUUGGUUUGUUUUUAGUAUUAAUAAUUCUAGGGUGUGGUUCUUUAUUAUUAUUUGGUCCAUUUGUAUAUAUUCAAUUCAUAUACAGGUUUAUGUAUGCAAUGAUUGAAGUUGUAAUAAUAUGUUCGAUCUUUAUAAAAUUGAUGUCAAAUUUAACACCUGUAGUAUUAGUAUGUUGGAACAGAGGGAACAUAGCUGUUCUAAUGUGUUUGUUCCUUCUGAUCUUUGCUAUUUUCUAUGUGUUUGUAUCUACCGCAUCUACUGACGACAAAAAAUUUGACAAUUUUGAUUCCACGCACGAUAUAAAUACACUGAACAUUACAACUUCAAAUUGUACAGAUUUUAGUUCUGUAAAUAUCUCAUGUACAAGUUUUGCCUAUAAUGUUACUUAUAAGAAUGGGGCCGAUUUCUCAAUACAAUGUCGUACUGACCCUAAUAUUACAAGUUAUAAUGUUACACUUACAGUGGAUUCAGGAUUUAUAGACUGGUCAGAAAUAGGACUAAUGUCUUUAUUUUGUUUGAAUCUUUCGUUACAUGCAACAAGUGUCUUUUGUUUUUCAAACUGUAUCCUUGUAAUAAUAAUUAUGAAAAUAUUCGGCCGGCAAAAAUCGUUCCCGCUUAUUAUUGGAGUGGCAAUGUGUUUUUUAUAUUUAGAUAUAUUGUGUCAAAUGAUGUAUUAAUAUGAGUAGGUGUGAUAGAAUGUUGUAGAAAAUUAAAAAAAUUAAAACGAUAACAA